AUGCGAGCGUCGGACGCGGUGGAGGUCGCCGAGGAUGAUUACCGAGGCACGCUGCGGUUGUUUCUGGACACGGCGGACGAGGAGACGUUCGACGCGUGGUUGCCCACGGGGAUGUUCGUCGGCGUGACGACGAAUCCGACGAUAUUGGAACGGGACGGCGUGGAGUGUAGCGUCGAUGCGCUGAGCGCGCUGGCGAGGAAUGCGCUUGAGUUUGAUGCGGUGGAAGAGUUUCAAGUGCAGACGUGGGGGGAGGAUAGCGAUGAGAUGUGGAAGAAUGGAAUCGCGUUGGCGCGACUGGACCCGGAGCGCGUGGUGGUCAAGGUGCCGGUGACGCUGGAGGGGAUAAAGGCGGCGAACGCGUUGGUCGUGGACGGGGUGCGGGUGACGAUGACGGCGGCGUAUGCACCGCAUCAAGUGCUCGUGGCGGCGUCGAUCGGAGCGAAUUAUAUAGCGCCGUAUUUGGGACGAAUGAACGACGCCGGUCGAGACGGCUUGGGAACCAUCGUCUCGAUGCAAGAAACCGUGGAUGAGUUGGAGAGCGAUAUGCGCAUUCUCGUGGCGAGCGUGCGCACGGUGGCAGAGAUGGCGAAGCUCGCGGCGAAAGGCUGCGAUACGUUCACCAUCAGCGAAAAGGUUGCGGCAGAAAUGUUCACCGAUCCUUUAACGAGCCAAGCCGCCAUCGAUUUCCAAAGCUGCGCCGAGCGCAUGGCGCCCAAGCCGCCCAAGAAGGAGAAGGAAGCCGUCGUCGUCGAGGAAAUAGACGUCGACGACUCCGACGACACCGACAUCGUUCAAGACAGCGACGCGAGCGACGCGUGA